UCUCAUAUGGCUGUGGUAGUAUGGUCUCUCUCUCCCUCCAGAUCUCAUAUGGCUGUGGUAAUAUGGUCUCUCUCCCUCCAGAUCUCAUAUGGCUGUGAUAGUGGUCUCUCUCUCCCACCAGAUCUCAUAUGGCUGUGGUAGUAUGGUCUCUCUCUCCCACCAGAUCUCAUAUGGCUGUGGUAAUAUGGUCUCUCUCUCCCUCCAGAUCUCAUAUGGCUGUGAUAGUGGUCUCUCUCUCCCUCCAGAUCUCAUAUGGCUGUGAUAGUGGUCUCUCUCUCCCUCCAGAUCUCAUAUGGCUGUGGUAAUAUGGUCUCUCUCCCUCCAGAUCUCAUAUGGCUGUGAUAGUGGUCUCUCUCUCCCUCCAGAUCUCAUAUGGCUGUGGUAGUAUGGUCUCUCUCUCCCACCAGAUCUCAUAUGGCUGUGGUAAUAUGGUUUCUCUCUCCCUCCAGAUCUCAUAUGGCUGUGAUAGUAUGGUCUCUCCCUCCAGAUCUCAUAUGGCUGUGAUAGUGGUCUCUCUCUCCCUCCAGAUCUCAUAUGGCUGUGAUAGUGGUGUCUCUCUCCCUCCAGAUCUCAUAUGGCUGUGGUAGUAUGGGCCCUGUCUGUUCUGUUACUGCUGGUCCUGUCUUCCCCGGGGGUCUGCUCAGCUCCCAGCGCCCAGCACCUGUGUGGCUCACACCUGGUGGAUGCCCUCUACCUGGUCUGUGGGGAACAAGGGUUCUUCUAUAACCCCCACAGAAUCCCCAGAGACCUACUCCUGCAACACCUUAUAGGGUUCCUGUCUAGGAAGAGCAGACAGGGUUGGAGGGUGAAGCAGGAACAUCCAUGGAAGGACCACGAAGACCAGAAGGUGAAAAGAGGCAUUGUGGAACAGUGCUGUCAUAAGCCAUGUAGCUUCAGCCACCUGCAGAGCUACUGCGACUGACUGGAGUCUACUCCUCAUAGUCUACACUCGAUUGAUAAGAGCGCAGACUAGCCUCAAGAGCUACUGGUGGAAGGACAUGGCAAUCUUGUAUAAAACUAAAUGUCAAGGGGGGGACUACAGAAAAAAUAAAACAUGUGUAUGA